UUUGGGCUUAGAACAAAGGCGACUGCGCACGCGAGUGGUUUAUAUAAGUUUGCUCAAUUCUUCAUAAAUUUGUUCAUUGCUUCCCAAGGAUAAAGGGAAAUUCCCUCAGAAAAUCGUAUUUUGGACAUAGAUAUGAGGCUAAGUUUUGUGAUUACUCUUAUCCUGACAGGUUCCCGACUGUCCAACGCUUUCUGGUGGCCAAAGACAACAACGGAAACCAGGGAGCCGAGUGGCGGCCAAAUCCUCCAGCAAAUUCCGCUCACCUAUUUCCGCACAUACACUUAUCAGCCAUUAGCUCCUGGGUUUUUUGGAUUUGGAGCUGCUCAGACGCCUAUGCUGCCUGGUGCUCAGUACGAUCCAUAUGGGAUGACCAGUUACGCUGCUGGCAGACGACAUGACUCCGUUUCCAGGCAAGAAGUUACUGCUCCGACGGACUUGAGCAACGCGCCGAGUAGCUCUCGGACAACCAGCACCACUCCCGCGCCAACGACAACAACUACCACCACCACAACCACCACUCCGGCACCAACAACAAGACCUAGUACUACUACCACCAGUACAACCCCACCACCAGUACCACCUCCGCCCCAGUCCACCAGUAGUAGUUUCUCCGAAGGACCCACUUCUAGCUUGCUGCGCUUUGGUGAAUAUCCCGCGUACAAUCGCCGGGUAAACAACCUCUAUAACGCCAGGCCUCAGUAUCCAUAUCCGGAUUACUUCAACUAUCAGCCGCAGCAGCAGACCGUAGUAUCGGAGCAAGGGGUCUCCAGUAACAGUCGCAUUCAAUUUGUUCCCUGCAUGUGCCCGGUCAGUAUGCCCAGUUUCGUCUCAUCCUCGACAGCGGCCACAUUGCCUUCGCAGCUGUCCACUUCCUCCACAUCGUUCGUGUCCCAGCCGGCGGCUCGUCACAUCGAGGGACAGGAAUUGGAAGCGGAAGUUGAUGGCGAGACAGAUAACGAGGGAGAGGAAGAGGACGAGGAUGAGGAACAGGGGCAGGGGCAGGAACAGGAUCAGGGCCAGAGCCAGAGUCACAGUCUGGAAGGCAUUGCCAUCAAGGCCCAGACAGAAAGACAGGAUAUAACUUCAGACAGUCCUGUCUAGUUCAAUUGGAUGGUGCAGCAACAGCCUUUCUGGUAUAAAGCCAAUCCACGACUGACUUGUCACUAAAGGGGUGCCCUAGAGAUCUUAAAACAAAUAUUAAAAACAAAUGAAAGAACGAUUAAAUAUAAUAUUUAGUAAGAAUGUCAAUUCAGGGAUACUCCAGCAUAUAAAAGUAAGCGUCUGCUGAAAGAAUUUUUUUUCAAUAUUUAAUAAAUAUAAUAAUAAAGAAAUUAUUAAAUAAAAGUAGCCAUAAAUACCGAGAGCCUGCAAGAAAGUAAGUAAUCUUAAUUAGAGUACGGUAUUACAAAAAAAAUGCCGAUAAUGGGAUUCCAUUGAUUUCAUGUUCUUUUAUUGAUUCAUAUUCGGAUGCUCGAUCAAUUACAUUUACACAUUUAAAUUGUAUUUAUCAAUAUUUUAAUACUUUGCGCUUGUUGCACGAAUUUCAACUAGCAACGAGCGAAGAUCCCUAAGCUCCACCUUUUUCAUCUCCAUAGUUCCUCCACAUCAAACGUGCCUCCUCAAUUAGUGGAGAACUAUCCUUUAAUCAUCAAUUCAACAAUUACAAAUACAUUUACUUAACUAGAU